AUGGACCAGCAACUAAUUGCACAACAAAUGAACGGCAAUCCUGUCUCGCUGGGCUCUCAAGAGGUUUCGUCGUUGGAAGCCCGUUUUGCGCAAGAGAAUGCAGAGACUUGGAUUGCAAUCGGAACCUGUGCAGAUACCAUCGGCAAUGUCGAGAAAGCCGUUGAGGCUUUCUCUACAGCGUUACGGUACACGCCAAAUAACCCAAAAGCUUUGACGCAGCUGGCCAAUGUUUACAGAACUCGGGACGCCUUCGCCGAGGCCGCAGAUCUGUAUCGCAGAGCCCUGUCUCUGGACCAGAACAACGGUGAAACAUGGGGUCUUCUCGGACACUGUUACCUGAUGUUGGAUGACCUGCAAUCCGCCUACACCGCUUAUCAGCAGGCGCUUCUCAAUCUGCAAAACCUGAGCGUUCCAAAGUUGUGGCACGGAAUAGGCAUUUUGUACGACAGAUACGGCUCCUUGGAGUAUGCAGAGGAGGCGUUUGUUCGGGUUUUAGAAAUGGACCCUCAAUUCGACAAGGCCAACGAGAUUUACUUCCGGCUCGGAAUCAUCUACAAGCUUCAGGGCAAAUUGUCCAAGGCCCUUGAGUGCUUCAAUUACAUACUCUCCAUGCCUCCGGCUCCUCUGACCCAGACCGAUGUUUGGUUCCAGAUGGGGUCGGUUUUGGAGCAGAACAGAGACUACAACGGCGCCAAGGAGGCGUAUGAGCGCGUGUUGCAGAGCAACCCGAAUCACUCCAAGGUUUUGCAACAACUGGGAUGUCUGUACUCGCAGCAGGAGGCUCCAUUCCACGACUUCGACGUGGCCCAGCAGCUGCUGAGACAGUCGAUUGAACUCAACAACGCAGACGCCCACUCCUGGUACUACCUUGGCCGUGUUUACAUGUCUAAGCAGGACUAUCCGAACGCUUACGAGGCCUUCCAACACGCCGUCAAUAUCGACUCGAGAAACCCAACGUUCUGGUGCUCUAUCGGCGUUUUGUACUACAAAAUCAGCCAGUACAAGGACGCGCUGGAUGCCUACACCAGAGCCAUCCGUCUCAAUCCUUAUCUGUCCGAAGUCUGGUACGAUCUCGGUACGUUGUACGAGACGUGCAACAACCAGAUCGGGGAUGCUCUCGACGCCUACCACCGCGCGGCGUCUCUCGAUCCAAGCAACCCACACAUCCAAGAAAGACUCAUGCAGCUCACAAAGUACCAGAAAGAAGGCGGUGCGCCACCUCCGCCUCCUCAAAGCCAUCACCAGCUGAGUAUGCCUACCCAGCAACAGGUGCUCCAGCAGCAACAGCAACAGCAACAACAAGAACAGCAACAGGCUGCAGGGCCUGCACCGGGGCAGCUCAAAGUUGGCCAGCCGUCGGCCACUGUGAACGCGAAGGUGGCUGAAAGAGAGACGACACCCGAACCGGAGAGGAGUAAUGGCGUCAAGCGAGAAGCAGUGGAGCCACCAGAGGAACCGCACAAGAAACAGAAAGUGGAGUCUGCCGAGCCCGUUGACGCUACCGAGUCGGCCACCUCGGCCACUCCGAGAGAGCUCUCAGAGCCUGCCCAACAUGUUCCACCCGCUCAACCUGCUGAGUCUGACGAGCCCGCAAAGACAGAGGAGCCUACGAUCGAACUGAAGCCGAUGGAAAAGGAAGAGGUGGAUGAGUUGAAGAAGUCGUCGGAAGAAGUGAAGGAGCAAGAGGUGCAGCGGGCUGUUUCAAGCGAAGCUCCUGUGCGGAAGAUUGAGGAGGAAGACGAUUACGACGACGAAGACGAAAGAGACGAGAACGACGAGAACGACGAGAACGACGAGCAAGAGGAAAAGGCGGAGGAGAGGGCCAGCGAGCCUGCCGAUGUGGAACAGAGUAGAGAGGAGCCAGCAGAAGCUAGAGACGAAAUACGCCUGCCGCAGCCGGAUGUGGAGAACACCAAGCCUGAGACUCCAGCCGACGCAACAGAUUAA